UCAGCACGACUGUUAGUAAAAUAUUGUAACCAACAGACUGCAGCGUGGUUAGAUAUUUAACUGUCAUGUGGAUUGAUUGAGUCAACAACUGACAACUGUACAGCUCUUAUUUGAAGUUUACUAAGAAAUACCGACUUAUCUACAGCAGAAAGCAUGACAGAUAUCGAAGGCCAAAUUGAGCUCCAGCUCGAAAACUCAGCGCCCAUGCAACAAGCGUUUGGGGGCCGACUUCAAGAGGACAUGAGCGGGGAGAGGCAGUCAGACUUCAGGGAGGAGCUGGAUGAGCCGCUGUCGUUGUUGGCUGACGUUGCUCUGGCGCCACUCCGCGGUAAACAUGCAGCCUGCAGCUGUGACUGUGAGGCCUGCAGCUGCCUGGAGGUCAGACACAUGGAGAGGAGCCUCCAGUCUAUGCAGCUGCAGCUCCAGUUCCUCAUGAGCAAAGCAGAUGACCUACACAACUGCCUUGUGAAUGGACAGGGUCAUUCAGACAGAGACGCUCUUGCUGCUGCGGUACCAAGUUUCCUGUACACCUGUCAGCCUUACUUUAACCACCUGGAAUCCACAGCUAGGUCCCAGCACACCCCUCUGCCUUAUGACAUCUACACAAGGCUGCUAGACUUUUCUCAGCAGCUGUGUGACAGGUUGGAGCAGCUGGUGUUAACCUACGCCAGCCACAAUCUCCUCUGUUUAGAUGAAAGUGAGCCUAACAGUGUGUCUCACUUCUGCAUCGGUCAGAGUCAGCUCGGCCGACUGAGGCUGACAGUGUUCCGCUACUGUAAACCGACACCAUACCUGGCCCGGGUCGACACCGGCCUGUACAAACGAAUGCGAUGGAAUGUGGAGAGGCUCCGAGACGACCAGCAGCAGCAGGCAGAAGAAGAGCAGGGUGGAAACAAUGAGGAGAGGGAGGCAGAAAUAGUUGGAGACACAGAGUAUUACUUCCUGUGCUAUGAGGAUAUUCCCAACAUACAUGCAGAGGCUGAUGGCGGCAGCCAGGGCGUCUCUCAUGGUAACAUGGCAAGGAUAUGGUCCAUUGGUCAGUGGGUGCAGGUGAACCCAGAUCCCACCACAGAGGACAUCUAUGACUGGAUCAUAUGUGAUGUUCCUCAGGCCAGCUAUCAGAGGCUGCUGUUCCUGGGCAGUGAUGAGCCGUCUAGCUGCAGUGCUACAGACUACCUGCAGCAGCUGCUGUUGUCACACCAGACAAAAGACUGACGGGAAGCCCUGUAGGAGGAGCAUAUGUGCAUUAGUGCACACAUGACAUCUACCUCUAAGAUACACCUGGAUAUACAGCUCAUGGAAAGAGAUUGGACCAAUUCAGCUAAUUUCGGACGUUGGAAGUAAAUCCCGAGGAUAGUUAUUAUGAAACAACUGUAUGCCCUGUAUGUCAAGUUGAUGUGAGAUUGUAAUGUUGAACAUCUGGUUUCAAAUGCGUCUGGAGGUUGAUGUAGAAACACCUGAGCUGAAAUCACAAGUACCUCACACAAUUAUAAUACUUAAAACCUUUAACCAUAAUUGUAUUGCCUCAGUCAGAUUAUGUAAAAGUUGUUUUAUGCUGUAUACUGUGAUAAGUCUGUUGUAAGUGUAAGGUUUGCUACACACUAUUUUGUCACUUUAUUCUGUUCAGUGUGUUAAUGUUGUAAGCUUUAAAGAUUUUUAUAAGAGUUUGCAAAUAUUUUAUUAUUAUAUUUUAAGUUUUAAGAGUUUAACAUUUUUAAGAGCAUUUUGUUGUGCUGUAAAGAAGUCCAGAAGCACAAUUAAAAAAAACAUUUUAUUUACAUUAAA